CAUCUAAAAAAUAGGUUUAUUAAGAAGCUCGCAUUUCUACAUAUGCGGGCUUCGUCGCAUAGAAUCGGGGUCCAUAAAUAAACCCACCUCCACAUAUUCUUCCGUCUUGCACCGUUUCUCUCUCCGAGGUAAAAAUGGCCCGAGAAUCUACCCCAAAGAAGAGGUUGGAAGGGAAGGCAGCCAUCAUCACAGGCGGGGCGAGCGGGAUAGGCGAGGCGACCGCACGCUUAUUUGCAGAGCACGGAGCCCGUGCUGUUGUGAUCGCCGAUGUCCAAGACCAGCUUGGCGAGCAGGUUGCGGCCUCCAUUGGUGAUCGCGCGGCCUUCAAGCACUGCGACGUCACGGACGAGGACCAAGUGAAGGCCGUGGUCGAAUGGACUGUCCAGACAUAUGGCUGCCUCGAUGUGAUGUUCAGCAACGCCGGCAUCAUCGGCCGCACCACCAGCAUCAUGGACCUCGACCUCAAAGGCAUGGACCUCCUAUACAGCGUCAAUGUGCGUGGCAUGGCGGCUGCAUUGAAACACGCGGGCAAGGCAAUGGUAGAUGGUGGUGUCAGAGGGAGCAUCGUAUGUACCACGAGCAUCGCGGCGGCCGUCGGGGGCGUCUCACCCCACGAUUACUGCCUGACGAAGCACGCCGUGUUGGGGCUGGUGCGCAGCACUUGCAGUGAGCUGGGGAAGCAUGGGAUAAGGGUGAAUUGUGUGUCCCCCUACGGCGUGGCCACACCGUUGCUCUCUCUUGCUCUCAGGGACAACGGGUUCGAGGGGGACACUGGAGACAUAGAGGACCUCUGUGCCCAGCUUUCAAACCUGAAGGGGGUUGUGCUCAGAAGCGAGCAUGUUGCCGAGGCCGUACUGUUCUUGGCCUCGGAUGAGGCCGCUUUUGUGAGUGGCCACAACCUGGCUGUGGAUGGCGGGUUCACAGUGGUGAACCACGAUUUCAAGAUUUUCCCUUGAGUACGCAUUAUGGGUAGUGGUGUACAGUACUUAGGCCGGGCAUCAGCCGUUCGCUAUAGAGAUGCACGGGAGAGAUGAAUGAUGGUACAUCUGCACCGUUUUCCAUGAGAUCGGACGGUGGAAUGCCCCAGUUGGGUAUUAUGCAUAAACAAAUCUGAUAUUAUCCCGUUCCUAUUACUUAUUCCUACUGCUUUUUCUGUGUCUUGCGGCCAUGUCUUUAGUGGUGGAUCACCUAGGUCGUACGGUAGAUCAUAAUAAACAGUUCGUUUUCAAUAUGUUUUUAUGCUUAUGCCUUUUAAUAAUUAUCCUACUUUUUUUU